AUGCGUUUUCUCGCCAGCCAGAUGCGAUUAUUUCUUUUGUUUCCCUUGUUUUUAGACCUCUCCGUUGGUCACCGUCACUCUCAUUCCCGCUUUCACAUCCGUGGGAAGCAUGCCCGUGCUAGUGAUUCUGAUUCACCUCUGAGGCACAUUGAGGAUGAAUCUGUAUCCCUCGCUGCCAUUCCUAUGAACCAUGAGAUCCUCCCCAGGGAGCUUACUGUACUAUCCGAGUCCGGUCAAAUAUCCAACGCUGCAACAUCUGGCGAUUACACUUGUGGCCCUGAGAAGCCGUGCGGUAAUGGGGCUUGUUGUGGCGAGAGCGGAUGGUGCGGAUACGAGCCCAAGUAUUGCGGCAAAGGUUGCCAGUCCAACUGCGAUGCCAAGGCCGAAUGCGGGAAGUAUGCUUCUCCGACGGGCAAGAAGUGCCCUUUGAACGUCUGUUGUAGUGAAUAUGGAUUCUGCGGAACUACUGAAGACUUCUGCAAGAAAGGCUGCCAGUCUGACUGCGAGCAACCCAAGCCAUCCGCUUCCAAGUCUAAUGUACAACAGAAGGUCAUCGCCUACUGGGAGGCCUGGAAUGGGAACAAACCCUGCGGUCAUAUGUCUCCAGACGAAAUCCCAGUCCACGACAUCACCCAUCUCAUCUUCUCAUUUGGUUUCGUAUCACCCGACGAUUUUCGCAUCACUAACAUGCCCGAUGUCAAGCCCAGUCUCUUCACACAAGUUACAGACCUCAAGGACAAGAACCCCAACUUGAGCAUCAUGAUCGCACUGGGUGGAUGGACUCAUAAUGACCCAGGCAAGUACCAGAAAGUCUUCAGCGACAUGGUCUCUACCCGAGCCAAUCGACAGACAUUCAUCAAGAACCUACUUGGCUUUCUAAGUCAAUAUGGAUUUGAUGGUGUUGACUUUGAUUGGGAGUAUCCCGGUGCCAAAGACCGCGGCGGGAAAGAUACUGAUGGUAAGAACUUCACUCAAUUUCUCAAAGAGCUCCAGGCUGCUAUGCGCUCGGCCGGUCGACAUUAUCUGGUAACCUACACUGCCCCGACCUCUUAUUGGUAUUUGAGACACUUUGAUCUCAAGGCCAUGAACAACUACGUGGACUGGAUCAACCUCAUGUCUUACGAUCUUCAUGGAAUUUGGGAUCGAGAUAAUCCCAUCGGCAAUCAAAUUCUCGGCCACACAAAUAUCACCGAGAUUGACCUUGCUCUCGACCUAUUUUGGCGUAACGACAUACCCCCAAGUGACAUUGUUCUUGGCAUCGGCUUGUACGGGCGGUCUUUCAAGCUGGAGAACCCUGCUUGUUGGAAGCCUGGAUGCCGCUUUAGUGACCCGGGAGAUAAGGGCAAGUGCACAGAUACGGCAGGCUUCCUAUCUUAUAGAGAAAUCAUGGAUCUCAUCAGAGACAGCAAGGCCAAGCCCGUCUACGACAGGGAUGCAAAAGUGAACUACAUGGUCUAUGGGCAGAACAACUGGAUCUCCUACGACGAUGAACGGACUUUCAAGGACAAAAUUGACUUUGCCAACAAACGAGGACUCAACGGGCUGAUGAUGUGGGCAAUUGAUCUUGAUGACUCCAGGCGAUCCGCCCUGAAUGCAAUCACUGGGCGAAAAAACUUCCUCGAGGGGAAUGCGGCAUUCGGUAUUGGUCUCAGUACCAAGAAGUCCGAAGAAGCGGGAUAUUCGUCAGAUGACUCAACCCAAUGUCGAGUCACGGAUUGUGGCGGCGCUUGCUCCGAUGGAGAAAGAACCGUUGGGCGUACAAACAGUCUUGACAAGAAGGAGGAAUGCGGUGAUAAACCUUCCAAUGCUCGGUCUAUUUGCUGUCCAUCGUGGGCCAGUAUUACCAGUGCUGAAUGCUACUGGGAUCGAGGGAGAGGUGGACUCUCCGGCGAUUGUGCUGGGAAGUGCAAUCCAGGCGAACUGAAGCUCUUUGCAGAUCAAAGAGGUUGGAAAGGUGAUCUUGAGAGCGGCGGGUGGAACGGCAAAUAUUGCUCACGGGGAUCUCAAGUUUUCUGCUGUAACAUUGGCAACAUGGAACAGUACAUGGACAUCUGCACCUGGACCAAGUGCGGUGGCACCUGUCCCAGCGACAAGCAAUAUGUUCUGACUGUAGACUCGGGAGGUCCUGCUGAUGAGAACGAGAGAUGUAGCGACGACUUUGUCAACGGUGCCUUUGAUGACGAUGCUCAGGACCCCGAUAAAGGUCAGAAGAGUCGCCGCAAGCUCUGUUGCCCUAAGAAGGAUUCGUUCUCCAACUGCAGCUGGCGGUCUGCCAAUGUUUGUUCGAGGCAAUGCGACAACGGUCAGAUCACUCUGGAUCUCGAUCCUCAAGGCAUGGGGGGUGCAUAUUGUGGGAACGGACGGCAGAAGGCCUUCUGCUGCGAUGCUCCUGGCAGAAGCAAUCAGCCAUUCCUCCCUGUCAACCUGGACAAGCUCUUUCCACCGGAGCUACUACCGCCACCAGAUUCAGUUCCGCAGUUCGAGCUCAUCACCUUCGGAAAGGGUUCUCGAAACAGCCAACCCGACAAGGCCGGCAUUGCUUUCUUCCUUCUUGCAGGCUCUGACACUGGCCUCGCCUCUAUGUCCAAGCGUGACAAUCCCAACCUUGUCUUUCUCGACUGCCCUAAGGAUAUUCACUCUCAACCUGUCGGACAGGUUCAGACUGCGCGAGUUAUUUGCCUCGGUCUCUUUGAGGAGUGCUUCGGUGUCGCAAAGGAUGGAGUCGAGGGAACGGUCGUCCACAUGCCAUCAGAUUGUGGUGCUGGCUCAUACGCUCGAGCUGUUGCCCUCGUUCCUUCUCAGGACCAGUCGAUCCCCACUCAUCUGGCUCUCAGCAAUCCAUCUGCCGUGUACGACUUUUCUUUCGACUACGACAUGGGAUUGGUGCGUCGUGAUGCUGGUCAAUUCUCGAUCCGGAUCGACUAUUCCAAUGUCAAGGGCUAUUGGAAUGAAGUAGUAGACCUGUCAGGGAAGAGGAAGCGAGAUCUCAAAUCCCUUGUGGAUAGAUUCUACGCGGGCAACUCGCAAGACUGGUUCACUCAAUUCGAUAAAACCGACAUCCAAGAUUCCGAAGAGCUCAAUGACAACAAAGUAUCCGUUCUUAAUCAGCUCAUUUACUUUGACUCCCAAAUGUGCGAUGUGGACAGCGGCGACAAAGAGGGUCAAGGCUUCUCCAUCACACUCGAGGGCUCAGCUAAAGCGAGGUUCUUUUACGGAUUUUCUAUGAUUGCGACCUGGACACCUGGGAGCAAACUCAAGGUUCACCAAUCAGCCGGGUUCCUUCACGUCGAUGGUGAUACAAAGGCCGAGUUCACGGUGGCUGGCAUUGGCAAAUUGGACUCGUCGCAGAAAACAGAAAAGGGGCCAGUCACAUACAGCGAGGCUACAGAGUCUCUAGGUGGACAUGGGCUGUGGCAUGGCUGGGCCAACUUCCGGCCUUAUAAGCAAGAGAGCGUCGAGUUUAACACAAGAAACUCGCAAGGGACUGCGGUGUCUCUAAAUGGCUAUUUGAGUGCGAAGGUGGUAGCUUUAUGGGGUAGCCAAAAUGUUCAUUUCCCGGAGGGCAGAAAGUCUAUCAAGAUUUCUGAGCCCCUGGUUAGCAGCAAAAGCGCAUUGACGCCACUGUCCAAGCCAGGCCCCGAAUCAGAGAUCACCGUUGCCGCCAUCACCAAGUUUGGCCUAGACGUGGACCUUUCAUUUGGAAUGCCAUAUACUGCCGCUAUAGACGGCGCUUUGCCUGACAUCUCCGUUUCACAGGAUGUCUCAGCCACGUUUAUAUGGAAAGAAGAAGAUGGCGAGGUCUGUCUGGAUACCUAUGCUGGCCAGACACAGAAAGCCAAAUUGAUUUCAGGGUCCUAUGUUGGCUGGGGCGACGACUACGAGCACCUUUUCCUGCAGCAAGACACUCGCGUCGGAAGUCAGCGAUGUUUCGGAAAGUCCUCCCAUAAGUCGCGAUCUUACCAGCUUGGUCCUUCUAAUGAAGGCCUCGUUGACAAUAAGGACGAUGAAGAGGAGCCAGAAUGUGACAAGGAGGAUGUCCUCUGCAUCCGUACCAAGAAGAAGACUAAACGGCAAAACAACUCUACCCCAGACAAUUACGACUUUAGCGGCUAUGGUGUCAUACGAAAGGCUAGUGAGCUUUCUGAUAAGUCAAUCGACGACUGGGUGCGGAAGAAGCAACGAGUCACCUGUGAGCCUUGCGGUUCUUGUAUUAUUACCGAGGAGGGUGAGAAGAAUAGCUGUUGCUCGUGCGUCUGGCUCCCACCGCCCCCCGACCCUGACGAAGAUGACCAUCCUGAUCUCGGAAGCAUGCCGUUGCCUGGGGGUCCUCUCAUUCCUGGGGUUCCUGAGAAACGGGAAAUGGAGUUUGGAGGCUCCAAUGAUGCAAACAAUCACCUCUUUCCCCGUCAGGCCGCCCAGCCCGCCCCGCCUAGACUCACGGAGAAAGCCAAGUGGGUCAAGUUUUGGACCAUACCAGGUGACCCCAUACCUUUCGAAGUCGGAACAUAUAAGUAUCCCUCAUAUCCAGACUACUACUCAGACCCAGAGGGCAAAAGAAAUAUUCCAUUUGAUGGCAACUCCAAGCUUAGCAAUAUCAAAAUGUACUAUCACAACAGCACCUCAAUCUGCACUUCUUUCGAUAUCCAGAAAGCUCCCGGGUACGAUGAGAUAUGGAAAUAUGAUAGGCAGGAUCCAUAUGGUCCAUACAAGAAGGGCGUCUUAUACCAUCAGCACUACGAUACCGAACACAUUCUCGAAGGCCAGACAAUCAGCCGGUUCUUUGCUACAUGGCUGCCGAGCCACAAAUACUCCAAUCGUUGGACCGAAAAAUGGGUCUUCACAGAGUAUAGUGAGUGGGAGAACAAGCAGACCAAGAAGCAGAAUGCCUUUAUCCAUUUGGUAGUAGACGAACUUGGCUCGAGUAUUCACUACGAUCGACUUGCCGUCUUCCUCAGCAACUCGAACCGCAUGAAGGGCGCGCUCUUUGGAGGUAUCAGUACCACAACUACGGCCACAUUCGCUCAGCUCGAAGCCGGGGCCGAGCAGCUGUUGCAUGUCCGCGAGCUAGGCUUUGUCUUUGGCUACAUGGGCCGCGAUGACAUCUGGGACGCGUUCUGUGAUUCUUACAACGGUAUCUUGGACUUGAUGGAGAUAUUUGACGCGUGGUAUCUCAAGGAAUCUAAGAGCACUAGCGACCUGGCUGCACAAUGGGUUAGUUUCAUCAGAAGUGAGCUAGACAUGGUGGUGAGGCAAGCUCACAACGACGUUAAGCGCUUCUACGGGCAAAAGAAGCCGGCUGGUAAGAGAUACGAAGAUUUUUGGGAGGUUAUCAUGAAGGGCCCUACUGCAGAGAUGACAAAGGUCAAGCUGAACAAGAUUGGCAAGUGUAAGAAGCUGCCAGCUUCAUCAGUGCCUGCCUGGAAAUUUCCUUAA